CAAAACUGAAAGCUUACCUUCAAAAAAUUAUCAAACAUAUAUUUAAAUUAGUUACUUUUAUCCAUUCAGGUUUUGAUUUAAGUUCCUAAACAAUAUCCACGUUUGCAAGAUUACAUGACAUCGGAAGCAUUUCCUCAUUUACCAAAUUCAAUACUGCAAAAUAGUUAAACCAUAUGUCGACGGUACCACUGUCGUUAGAAAAUCUUGAUAGAGUUGCUGGAUUAAAUAAAAGGGAGGUAAUAUAUACUAAAUUACUCAACUAUGAGCAGGAUCUCCAACGACUGAGCAAAACAUUUCGAGAGAGUUCUGUUCAAAGCUUUGUAGACCCUAUACAUGCCUUAAUAAGACAAUAUGGAAGUUAUAUAGGAUAUCCUACGAGAAACUUGUUAUCGGGUUGUGUAAUUGCACUACUAGAAGGAUUUGAAGGAUAUCAGAUUAAUCGUGUAUUAGUCGGAUUCGUUGACAACUUAAUUGAAAAAAAGGAUAGCAUCGAAAUUUUAAAUAACUUAUCGGUUCUUGGAAAUUGUUUACGCGCUUAUGGCCAAACGAUAAAUCAGCAAGAAACCUUCGUAAAGGUUUUUCUCAAAUAUUGCAAGAACAAUUAUCCUCAUGGUCUUCGAGUCUGUGCUCUCCGAGGUCUCUCGGAAACUAUUCGUCACACUGGAAAUAUUUUUAGCGAAGAUUUGUCGAAAGAAGUUUGGAAAUCUCUCAAGUCCAACCUUGGAAGUUCUUCGUUAAACGUUGUUCUUUCAGCUCUAUAUGGUGCUUACAAUUUUCUUCGUCGAUCUUCUUUGCGAAAUUCAGAACUGGAAUGGUUAAAAUCUUAUUUAUUUAAAAAAAGUGUCGUUGAGAACUCGGAUUUGCAAAAUAUGUUGGCUAAAUGCUUCACUGCUAGCACCAUAUUACAAGCUCACCGUCAGAUUGAAGCUUUAAAGGCUGCUUCUUCUCCUUCCGCUGCUGAUGAUGAAAAUAAUGAAAAUUCUGGUAAUACUUCGACAAUACAGCGAGUUGAUGAAUCGGACGAAUUUACCAAAGUUUUGCAGAUGCUUCUUGAACUUUAUAAUCACAAGUACGCUAAAUCCGAGGCCUCCAAAGGACUAGUAAUUUUUGCUAUUAAACAUUUUUUUCUUUUACAGGAUUAUAAUAAAAUAAGGACGAAUUAUGCUCUUAUUUUGAAUGUAUUCCUCAAUUCCACUUUAACUUCAUCCGCGAACGAAUGGCUAUCUGCUUUAGAGGAACAGCAUUUUACGUUCCUUCUGCGGGACAUAAUUAAUUCUCGAUUUCUAGAUCAAAGUUCCGAAAUCCAGGCUUUGGAAUUGCUGUUGUCUAAAGUUUUAGAGCCGUUCGUGGAGGAUCAGACAAAAGUACCGAUCACGCUAGUUCAGGCUGCACUUUCCUCUAUUACAGGUAUCCUAGCGAAUUUGAAGGGUUCUGUUACCCCUCAUCAUAAUAAUCUUCUCAGGGUACUUUUUGAUAUGAUUAGUUUGGGAAACGACAGAUUGAAGAACAACGCUGCUUGGUGUUUACGAUGUUUACUUAUAGUAAUGCCAGACCCCAUAAUGCCAACACUACUAUCACUUUAUGGAAAACUGGAAAACGAACUAAAGUCAAUGCGUUCUAGAACGAAAGAGUCCAAGACCAAGCCAAAUAACGGGAACUUGGAUAAUCUAACUCUGGCUUUAGUUUCAUGUUAUGUUGCCGCUGAGAAGAAUCCAUUAUAUGUCUCGUCAUUCAUUUUUUCAAAAUUAUUUAACUUUUCGUUGGAGCUUAUACGGUCUUCCACAAGUUUGGACUUGUUCACAGCUCAAGCUCAGUUGAAAGUUGGAUGGCGUUCAAUGACGGCAUAUGUUUCGUUUGGUCCUUCUUUUACUAGAAUGCAACUUUCACAGCUAUUUGUUUUAUGGAAGAAUGCCCUUCCGCGCGUAUCUUCUAAUAUACAUUCUCAAAACUUUAUGGAAUCUAAUGCCGAUCUAUUUACUCGUUAUGAGGCCCUUCAAUGCCUUCUAGCAUUUCUGAAACAUAACAGAAUUCUCUUAACACCUGAUGUACGAAAGCGUAUAAUUCUGUUCCUAACAAAUUGUUUAAAGUUCUAUAAAUCUUUUUUCCUUACCAAGAAGUUAGAGAUUCAAACCAUUAUUCAUUAUUCUGACUAUUCCCAUAGCGAGCUACGUACACUGCUUCUGUCGAAAGUAUUUCAAUGCUCGCUAGAACUUAUGAACAUUAACGGUGUUACUUUAGAUGAUCAAGAGUUAUUGUCAACAUGUGUAUCAAUCAUAGCGGAACUCUCAUACCUCCAAUAUCUGGAUGACGAUACUCAUCAACGCAAUUACUCUUCAAAAAUAAUUUUAGGCUUAUUCUCUUCAUACUACUCCGAAAAAUGCGAUGAGGAAACCGACAUUACAAAAGGACCAACCCCUUACUUAAUAGGAGAUGCAACAUCUGAUAUGCUUUUCAUGUUUACUAGUUCUGCCGAUUUUUCUUUUCCGUUUGUUCCUCCUAUUGCGACUGCAGUGGUUGACAGUGCCGUCAUGCUAUUCUCUUUAAUAUUUUGUUGUCAACCGCCAAAGGUUAUGGAGAGUACAUUAGAAAUUUUGAUUUCCUCCGUUUCCAACACGAGCAAUGCAAGGGAAUUAUCCAAGGAAAAAGCCAUAUCUACUAAUGUUUUAUUUUCAAUUCAUGGAGCUCUGAAGGUUUUCUGCGAGAAAAGGCUUUCUUUAUCUAGUAAGGUUGUUUCACUCUUUAUCGAAUUAUUGGAUAUCAAUUCCAACUGUGACGAUAUUACGAUAAUCCGGUUAUUUGCAGAAUCUUACUCAUUUCUGGCAUUGCUCUGCCAAGGGAAACCUACAUUUAUUCUUGACACUCUUAUACAGCGUGCUGCUGAAUCCGGAAAUCCCAUUUGUAGAGCAACAUCGAUUAUGGGUGUGGGGCAUACGUUAGCUAAGUUAGGUUCUGGCAUAUCACAAGCAUUUUUGGUAAAAGUUUAUCAACUGCUUAAAGUAUUUAAUACAGAUUCCAAUGAUAUCGUCAGAAAUUGCUCUAUCGAAGCUUCUUUCGUGUCGCUGGGUACAAUUGCGAAAACUAUACCAAGUGUCUUAACUGGCCAGAUGGGAAUACUUCUUAGUUAUAUGAUUUCAGGGGAUGUCGAUAUAGAAGUUUUGCUUUUGAAAAGAAAAACCAAUUUGGUAUAUCCUACACAUUUGUUCAUUGACUAUCUUGAUUGCUUGAUUAAUGAGUUGGGUCCCGCAUUGAGGAAUAACCCUUCCGACUCUUACCUUGCGUACAAUAUUUCUCGUGAAUUGUUGCAUUUUGCUGGAGACGAUAAAAAAAACAUUACUCGGAUAUACAAAUGUUACCAACAUUUAUAUUUAUUCACGCCACUAGAUUCGGACUCUAGGAUUUUUAUUGAUAAUUUAUUAAAAAAUGUUAUUGAUGUUAAGCAUCCCACUAUACGGGAUUCAGCUAUUGAGGUUUUAUAUCAAAUUCUACUUCAGAAUCAGUCUUUUUCAGAAACUUGUUACAGAAGGCAUUUGGACAAGCUGAUAUGGCAAUCGAUAGAUGCUACACCAGAAAACAAGUUCUUAAAAAAUAUAGUGCAUAUAUGGUUAAAGGAUUUCAAAGAGAGUGACAUUUCCUGGUGGAUAAAUAUUCUUCUGUACUUAAAUGGUAUAAAAGGCAACGUUAAUUUUGAAAGGUCUUUUGAAGAUGAAACAAAUUACAGCUUGGACGAGGACACCGUUUCGCUUGCUAAUUCCCUUGUUACUACGGCUGGUAACAAGAACUAUCGCUGGCAAACCCAACUCUUUGCGUCGUCAAUUUUAAUUACCUGCAUAUCCGAUGUAAUGUCUAGUAGCUCAGAUGCUUCUCGAUAUUUAAUUUCCAGGAUAUCAGAUUUGAUACGUUUAGCUUUCAUCCUCUCUACUUCGGAUAAUUUCUACUUAAAAGAGAGUGGACUUAAACUGUUAGAUACUUUAAUAAUGAAUUUCCAAACCAUCAAGGACCCGGAUUUCGAGGAUGUCCCACUGUUAGAUCAAUUUCAAGCGCAAAUUAGUUCUGCUUUUACUUCGUCUAUAACCGAGGAAUCUUCACCAAAAAUAGUCUCUUUAGCAUUGAAUAUUGGUGCCAACUUCAUUGGAACAGGUCUUCUUCCAAGUGCCAGUCAAGCGAAUCGUGUAGUAAAUAUGUUAAAAAAUGCACUUGAUGCAACAUUUUCUGAGAACUCAAGUGAGAACGGUAAGCAAUUCCAGAACGAUUCCAUAUACGUCUCACGGGUAACCACGCUAUCAGCCUGGGCGAUUUUGUAUGGUUACUCCCGUAGAAUUGACUAUUUGAAAGAAAUAGUUUCUCCUUAUUUAAGACGUUUUGCUGCACAUUGGGUGGUAUCUUUAAGAGGUUAUUCACGCCUUCGAUUUGGACCUAGCUUGCUAAAGGACUUCGUUGCCGAUACUUCUUUUUCUCACACUCAGAAUAUAAACCCAAAGAUACUUUUAGAUAUAUAUGAAACAACAUGGUUGAAUAUUGCUGAGGCCUUAACACUGCUUUUAAAAGAUAAUUCCGACCUUGUUUAUGGGAUUCUUAAAGGAGAGGAGUUAACAUUAUCAGGAGAGGAUAUCUUUUUCCAUGAUAGUAUAAACUAUUCGAAUGACAGACACUCCUUUAAUUUCUUUGUUUUUAGUAUUUGCUUUCAGUCCUUACUCAAUCCUAGCACUUUGCAAAAUUUUGAUAAACCUGUUUUACGAAUUAUGGAAAUCAUGACCUCAAUUUUGACUGAAGAUUUAUGUACGAAAGUACUUUAUGAUGCUAAUGUUUUCCCGGAAGUUAUUGAUCUUUUAAUUAGACUGAUACUCACCGAAGAUUGGGAGACGAAGAUUAGUAUCGUUCUUUUUGUCAAAGAGUUAGCGUUGACGAAUCCUGAACAUUCGAAAUUGAAAGAGUGCGAAAGUGAUUCUGUAACAUCUCUAGAGCCUUCUGUAUCGGAAGGAGUUGAGCAGUUAUUCGACUUGGUCAAAAUAUUGAUUUUAGCUCUAACCGUGAGAUUACCAGGGCUUCGAUCAAACUCUAUAUAUUCAAAUGGAAAUGAGAAAUCGAGCCAAUUUAUAAUAUUAUGCUUUGAUUCUUUUCUGGAACUUGCUAAUAUCUUUCCCACUAUCGUAAGAGUCGAUCUGUUUGCGACUGCUUUACAUGUUUAUGAAGUAAUUCUUGAUGAUCCUUCUCUCCUUAAAUAUUCAAAACAUGAACUUUUAGCCGUUCUUCGAAAAUUAUUGAGUACAAUGGUUACGCAGGAUAAUUCUAUAUGUUCAACAUUAUGUUAUACUUUAUUUGAGCAUCUCUAUUCCAUGCUUGAAAACAAAGAUCAAGCGCAAAGUAAAGACAAAAAAGAAAUCAUACUACUAAGUAUGGUUCUUGUCCUCACAAUAGCAGCUCCUCUUUUAGAUGGUGAGCAGCUUAUAAUCCAAAACUUUAUAACAACUCUUUUUGGUCUUUUGAAAUCAUCAGAGGAGUUCCGAACAGCUGCAAAAUGCAUUUCGUCUUUAUUAUUAGCGAAUAGUAAACACGAAAAGAUGAACGCAUUGUGUCGUAAAAUAAUUUUCGAAUCUGUUGCGAUGCUUCAAAAAGGCGAGAUAGCUCAAAGCGACGGGUAUCUUGAAAGCUUCAUACCUGCUUUAUUGAGUAUGCAUCAAUACAUCGAUGAGACGAAAAAAUUUGCGUAUCUUAAUCUUGCUCUCCCUAUAGUCGGACAUUUUGGAGUUUUGGUUGAGAAUCCAGAUGCCCAAACAAAAAUCGGAAAUUUGUUACUUAGCAUCUUUUCAAAAGAGCAAGAAAAAACAAAGGAUAUUCUACAGCGACUAACCAUUGCACAAAAGAAAUGCAUCGAAAACUUUGUUAUGCAAACUAAGUAGGAAUAGAUAUUUUAAUGAAUUAUAAGAGACAACA